UCCCCAGUUCUUGUUCAGUGGGUGUGCUAUACAGAGGUGUUUGUGGUUUGCUUCGUUGUUGGAAAUGGAUGUACACCUUGUGCUUGGACUUCUCCUGAUGGCAAACUUUGGCCAGACAUCCAGUGGGCUAACUAUUCCUAGAGCUGCCACAAACAUUUCUACCACUCCAGACCCAUUUUGCGGAUUCAGAGAUGAUUUUCAACUGUGUGAAAAAGCUCAAGAUUUUAACUGUUCUAAUGGGGACUGUUAUUGUAGAAAUAAAAAGCCCUACUGCAGAUGUCAAAACUACAAAGAAGGCGGUGAAGAUUUCUGGUACAUGGGGGAAAACUGUGACCAGAGGUGGAGCUUGACAAACCUGAUUCUGGUUGCUACACUGCCAGGGAUAGCUCUUGCGCUGUGUGUUGGAACUGUCUUUCAAUGCGUGCACUACUUUAAGAAGCCUUCGGGGGAGCCAGAGGAUGAGGAGGAAGGGAAAAGGAAUCUGAAGAGACAGGAAGUCCGUACCACAAGCGGGAACACUGCUCAAGAAAAUGUGUACCACAACUCUAUAUUCAUACCUGAUCCAGAGCCAGGUGUAUACAAUAAACACAUAGAUUACCCACCGCAGAGAAUGAACUCCCAGCGUCCACAGCCAUUGGAUAACUACCGAGUCCCCCAAGCCCAGCAAAAGCAAGACAACCGGCCCUAUCUACCCCCACGGAACACCCCUCCAAGCAAGCCCCAAAGUUUCCUGGCACCCCAGUCCAGCCAACCUCCUGGUGUGGGCCGCUCCAGCAGUAUGCAGUACUCCAGCCGCCCGCCCCAGCCGGCUCCCAGAGGCAACCCCUACCAGGCUGAUUCUGAGAACUCAGGGGACGAUGACUACAUCCAGCCACUGCCUUCCACUGUCAUGAGGCCCAUACCGAAAGGUGCAGUGCCAAUAUUCCCCAAACUGGAAUCCGGAAUCACUAGCCUCCCACCAGCAGACUACAGACCCCAGCAGUGGCUACCGAGGGCAAGCACAGCUUCAAGACCCUCUUACCAGUACUGAUGUGUCAGCACCGAGAAUACGACAUUUAACCAAAAAGAGAACGAUUCUUUUCUGUCUGUAACAUGAGUGCAUCAACCUUGGCAAAUCAAACUUCAAUGAUAAGUGACGUAUAAAAAAUGAUUAAUGAAAUGCGCUGGCUGAUGCUGAGAAGAACGAGGUGAUUGCCUGAUUGCCUUGACAAGCGGAUGUUGAGAUGAGCUAGGAUUACAGCACACUGUUAUGGCGUUCCCCAAAGUGCCAUCUUCAAUUCUUGGCAACAACUCUUCCAACCUACUCGGCAUAAAAUGAGGGGGAAUCUAGGGAGGGAGGAGGGGUAAGAAAACAACCAAAUACAUGUUUCUAUUACGUUUAUUCGACAAAGUCUAUUCUAUAAUCUCAGUACUGUUUCGCCACUGUCACAAACAGUAUACAUCAUGUUUUACUAAAUAUUGUAAUAUUGACAGCUAUGUACAGUAAGAUUUAAUUUAUUGUCAUGUUAUUUUGUUUAACGUCAUCUUCUGCUCAAAGUUCUGUUUACAAUAAAGCAAUAAAGUUUCGAAUGACACAUUACAGUCCUUAAAGAUUAAAUUAGGUCUAUCAAAACAUACCAAUCCCUAGAAACACAGGGGUGAGCAUUUUAACUCUCAAACACAAGAAUGGAACAGUCAGGCCUAUUUUAAUGGCUUGUUGCAUUAAUACAGUUUAAGCUUCCCUUUGCCUUGUCUCAUCCGUAGGGGUCAAUAUUAUAAAUAACUCAAUACAGCAAUCUAUGAGCAACAAAUUCAUUAAGCAAAUGUAAAUGUCAGGGGCUGGGCACAACACUUAAUGGCAGAAUAUGUAGUAUAAAUAAAAUGUAUAAAAUUAUUUUGCAAACGAUUAAACUUCAAUAAAUUUUAAG